AUGUCCGUGCAGCUCAGUCAAGAAAUUCUGCGAAACUCCAGCAUUCUCAUCGUGCCUUCAGCUUCCCCCCGCCAGUUCAAAUACUUUGCCAAGGAUCGUGAAAAUACCCGCAAGGAAAAAAGCCCCGUGACCCCUAAAAAGAUGUACUUCCGGCUUAACAGCGCCGCAACCAGUACCAUUUCAUCUUCAAAGUGCAUUUCAGUAACCGCAGCUUGUGCUCUUAACCAACUGUCAGUAACCGCAGCUUGUAUUCUUAACCAGCUGUCAGUAACCGCAGCUUGUACUCUUAACCAGCUGUCAGUAACCGCAGCUUGUGCUCUUAACCAGCUGUCAGUAACCGCAGCUUGUACUCUUAACCAGCUGUCAGUAACCGCAGCUUGUACUCUAAACCAGCUGUCAGUAACCGCAGCUUGUACUCUUAACCAGCUGUCAGUAACCGCAGCUUGUGCUCUUAACCAGCUGUCAGUAACAGCAGCUUGUACUCUUAACCAGCUGUCACUGUCAGUAACCGCAGCUUGUACUCUUAACCAGCUGUCAGUAACCGCAGCUUGUGCUCUUAACCAGCUGUCAGUAACCGCAGCUUGUGCUCUUAACCAGCUGUCAGUAACCGCAGCUUGUGCUUUUAACCAGCUGUCAGUAACAGCAGCUUGUACUCUUAACCAGCUGUCAGUAACAACAGCUUGUACUCUUAACCAGCUGUCAGUAACCGCAGCUUGUACUCUUAACCAGCUGUCAGUAACCGCAGCUUGUACUCUUAACCAACUGUCAGUAACCGCAGCUUGUGCUCUUAACCAGCUGUCAGUAACCGCAGCUUGUGCUCUUAACCAGCUGUCAGUAACCGCAGCUUGUGCUCUUAACCAGCUGUCAGUAACCGCAGCUUGUGCUCUUAACCAGCUGUCAGUAACCGCAGCUUGUGCUCUUAACCAGCUGUCAGUAACCGCAGCUUGUACUCUUAACCAGCUGUCAGUAACUGCAGCUUGUACUCUUAACCAGCUGUCAGUAACCGCAGCUUGUACUCUUAACCAGCUGUCAGUAACUGCAGCUUGUGCUCUUAACCAGCUGUCAGUAACCACAGCUUGUACUCUUAACCAGCUGUCAGUAACCGCAGCUUGUACUCUUAACCAGCUGUCAGUAACAGCAGCUUGUACUCUUAACCAGCUGUCAGUAACCGCAGCUUGUACUCUUAACCAGCUGUCAGUAACUGCAGCUUGUACUCUUAACCAGCUGUCAGUAACCGCAGCUUGUGCUCUUAACCAGCUGUCUGUAACCGCAGCUUGUGCUCUUAACCAGCUGUCAGUAACCGCAGCUUAUACGCUUAACCAGCUGUCAGUAACCGCAGCUUGUGCUCUUAACCAGCUGUAA